GCUUCAGGUCCCACUUAAUCCGUCUAUCCUAUCAAUCAGUAUUAAACCAUAUUAAAUAAUUAAGUUCUUAUAUUUUUCGUUGGAUAAAAUUCUAGCCUAUAACAUCGCAUUAAUAUAAAAAUUAAUUUCAUAUUGCAGUAUCAAUAAAAUAUUUAAUUCACAUUCUUAACUGUUUCAUUAACGGUUGUAUAAUGAUAUUCAGUUUUGUUUCAGAUGCUUCCAAAAUACAUAAACAACCGUCGAAAGCAUUUGUUGCUAAAAAUCCCUUAACACCCUCAUUCAAUCAAACCGUCAAUCUUUGAAAACCAAAAUCUAAGAAGCUGGUUGUUGUUUCAUGGGCUAUAUCUGCAGUGAAAUGUCAUUGCAAAAACUUAAUAAACAUUUCAUAUGAAUUCACUUUCAAGAUUUCUUCUGGAAGUUGAAUUUUCAUUUCAAUGAUGAGCCAUCCCAAAAAAGCAUUUCAUUUAUGGCGAUGUGCAUUUUUUAACAUUGCUUUAGGAUUUCUGAUUUUAUUUUUUCCUUUUAUCAUUCUUCAAAAUUUUUCAUUUGCAAUAUCAUAUUUAUUUGUGUUAAGUACAUUUUCUUCUUUGAAUGCCUUGAGCAUAAAUAAAAAGUCGGUUUUAACAACAUUUUCGACGCCUUUUGCAACUUCUGAAGAGGGAAAGGCCGAUAAGUUUCCGAACAAAAAGUUGGGAAAAAAGGAAUUUUCAGUUGCUAAAGGUGUAACUGCUUUGACAGUUAGUAUAGCUUUAUUUCAUGUAUUUUCGAUCCUUUUUGGAGCACCAGUUUUUGAGGUAUAUUUGGAUACUUUAUAUUUUAGUGUCUUGAUGACACUACUGACUGCAUAUCCUUUGAUGUGGUAUUUUUUCUUCUGUGAUAGUCAAAAUGCUGUAUUAAAGAUAUUAUCCGAUUCUAAAUUUGAUAACUUGACUGAGAGUUAUUUGCAUUCCAUAAUACUUUGGACAGUAUUUGGUGCAUGGAUUGGAGCUUUCCCAAUACCUCUUGAUUGGGAUCGACCAUGGCAAACAUGGCCAAUAACAUGCUGCAUUGGAGCUUCACUGGGCAAUAGCAUUAUACAUUUCAUUAUAGGUUUCAAGCUUAUUUAUGGUCUUUUUGGAGACAGAAGAAAAACUACUCUCAAUCGAUCAGUGUAAAUCGUAAUUACACUUAAAUCUUGACUUUUUAUUAUAGCGAUGUUAUUGUUUAAAAUUGCUUAAGAAAGCAACAAUCUUGUAGAUAAAAGCAUUUUUCUUCUAUUUCUGUUUUUUCAUUUUAUCUUUAUAAGAUCCAUAUAAUUCAAAUUAAUAUUAUUCCAGGGUAUUGUCCAAAAUACUUUUAAAAAGUACAAUGGUUAUUAGAUUUUAUUAUAAUUCACCCAAAAUAGUUCUUUUAUACUAACCUAUAAAAUGAGGCCUUUUUUUCUCCUUUAAUUUAUUUACAUAACAAUUGUAUACAUUAAGUGAACAAAAUGUGCUUAGACUAUAAUGCAUAAAAUUAAAAAAACAACAUGCUAAGCUGAUUAGAUAAUACACAGUUGGUACUAAAAGAAAAAUGUAAAAACAUUAUGCAGAGUUAUUUAUUAAAAGUAAAUUUUCCAUAAGAAACUCUCUUAUAUAAUAAGAAACAGAUAACAUAUAUAAAUAAAUGUGUGUAUUAUUUCAUACAUUAAUGCAUAUUGUCACAUAAAUAUGCCAACAAUCAGGCUCUAAUAUACAUUGUGGCCACAAAAAUACAUUGUGAGUAGGGAUUGCAAUACCGGACCAAAAUUUCAAUACCAGUAUUCGGUAUUUUUAAAUCUUAAUACCGGGAUACCGGUUUUAAUACUGGUAUUAGAAAUUUUAGAAAAAGAAAGAAAACACAGAUGUUUCUUUGUUCUAUUUGCCAGUUUUAUAAGAGAAUGUAAAUAUCCCAAAAAAUAAUAUGUAACUUAUAAAUUAUAACAGUAUAUAAAGAAUCACAAAAAAGAAAAGUCACAACUUAUUUAUUUAAAUCACAAAAAAAGUGUAAAUAUCACUAUUCAGUUUGUGGUAAUAUUACAAAUUUUUGAAAUGUGAUCAAAAACAACAUAAUGCAUCCAUUGUACUGUCAUUAAGCCUGAAAAGUAAUUUUGUGUGAAAAUUACCAGCUGUCGAAAACGCUCUUUCGGCAUCUACGCUAGUUGGUGAUAGUGUUAGCAAUGCGCGAUAUACUUUUUCGAAGUAUUUACCUCUAAAUCCCUCAUCUUCAAAUAAAUCAAUUUCUCGUCGGAUGGUUUUGGAUAUAGCUGAUUUCUGUAUUGUAUUUUGGUUCGUUAAAUUUUUUUUUUAUCUAUCGCUAAUUUUAAUUUUUGUUCAAGAGACAAUUCCUUUUCACUAUCGACAUUAGUGUCAUCAUAAUCUUCAAUAAACGAAUUCUUCUGAAUGUGAAUAGGUUUGUGGGUAAAAAAUUUUAAGAAAAUUUACUAUAACUUAAUCAGAUUUGAAUUUAUUAUUUUCUUUCCUUCUUUUUCAUUUUCAUUUUUAAAAUCAUUAUAAUUAUGUAAAUAACAUAAGACAUUUUCUGUUUCGGUAUGCCUUUCUUCUGCGCGAUUUUUCAAUGUAAUAUAUAAUUCUUCAGAUAGUGAUGUGUGCUGUUCUUUCAUGACUGCAGCAUGAAAUUUAUUGUUGCAUUAGAUGUUAAUAAAUUAAAAUCUCUCUGACAUAAUGUCUCUAUAGUCAGUUUUAUUGGAAGUAGAGCUGAUAUAGUUCUGGAUAUUAAGUCGAAUUCACUAUCUGAAAAAUUAAUUUACAGGUUUAAAUCGAUUAUUGCUUUUUGGAUUGGAUUUCUCAAUUUCAAAAAUCGUGCCAUCAUUAGGAGUAAACUGUUCCAACAUGUCUUAGAAUCUAUUAGUAACAUGUAUUCUGUUUUAUUUAUAAGAACUUUAUAAAUUAUAAGAAGCAAUUCUUGAUGGGUUAACAUUUCAUCCUCAUUAGCAAUAUCUUCUUCAACAAUUACAUUGUCAUUAUCUUCAUUUCAAUAUCACUCUCACUCUUACUCUCUUCAAUGUCGGAAUCCGAAGUUUCUAUAUCCACAGUAUUUGGAUUCUUCUGCUCUUUAUUUUUUUGGUAUAAUACAUCGUCAUUGAAUUCCAUGAGCAUAGCACAAUUGCUGAUUUGCACCAAUCAAUUUUCCAACUUUUUUCAUAACUGUUGCUCCGUCAGUCGUUAUGGAUACAAUAUUUUCUUUCAGGGAUAAUCCAUGUUUCUCUAAUUUAGAUUUAAGCAAUUCAGCCAUUAAUUAGCUAAUUAAUUUCGCCCGUUAGGGAGACAUAAAAACAAAAACGUAUACUAUUUUGCUAUGUUGGCGAUCCCUGAACCUAUAGUGGAGACAAUUUAAAAAAUUUCUUGUAAAUACCAAAAAACCGGUAUUUCAACUUGUGAAUACCGGUAUUACAAAAUUGAAAAAUAGCUCAAAAUACCGGUAUUCGGUAUACCGGUAUUGCAAUCCCUAAUUGUGAGUCUGGCAUGUCAUUUGAUGCAAAUUAGUUAAAUGUUGAAAUGGUUUAAAAAUAUUAUAUAUUUUUUUAGAUAAAUUAUUAAUGCUGCUUCAAUUUUUAAUUUCAGGUACAUUAUUUAAUAAAAUUGUUAUUAAAUAGAAAUUUCUCUUUUAUGUUCUUUUUCUAACAGAAUUUAAUGAAAGUUUUGUCUAAAUUAAAAUAAAAUAUUAUUUUAAAUUACCCAUUUAUAACAUUUUCCUUCUUGGUUCAUUAUGCUCCAUUGUAGUUGUAUUAUGCAAAAAAAGUUGACAUUAUCUACCGAAUGGAUUUUAGAAAGUUAGCUAUUUAAAAAUCAUUUACAUGGAAUAUAAAAUAGCAUAAUAUUUUAUUUAUAGUAAUAGCCAUGUAAGUUUUUUUUUGUUGUUGUUGAAAUCUAAUUUUUAUCAGUUAUUUGUAAUUUUUGAAUAAUAAAGUAUGCAUUCUGUACUUUACUUUUUUAGCAUCUGUUUCAUUUAUAAUGCACUAUACUGUUGGUUUUUUUUUUUUUUUUUAAUUCAGCAUGGAAGAAUAUUUAAACAUUUGAAUAGUUUGUGAUAAUUUCCAAUACUUUCCAUUUUAUGAUAUUCCAAAAGAAAUCUAUACUAUUGAAUAUAAUUAUGUUUUACUGCUGAAUACAUUAUUUUGCAUAACAGACAAUGUAGAUAAUUUUAUAGAUAUGAACUAUACAGUUCUAUUAUAAACAAAUCCCUCAAAUUGUUAGUUGUUCAUUUCUAGUUUGCAAUUUUUUUAAAAACUUUUCUUAUUGUUCACUUUUAGCUAAACAUUUCUUCCUCCUGAUCAAAGUCUUAUAAAUCAAAGAAUGUUAUAUCAAGAAACUAGCAGAACCUGCAUUUCUGUAUCCUUUACAUUAUGAAUGUCAAUAA